GAAACAUUUGGUCAAUUCUAAAAGUCAAAACAUGACUUUGAAGUCAAGAUUUGAUUGUAGUUAAGCAUGUUUGUUUCUGUUUUUGGCUUACAGAAAUUUCAAGACAGUGUUAUGAAAGCUAAGGAUUUGAACGAAGAGAUGAUAAAGAUACGAAAAGAAAUAGUCGAUUUCCAUGGAGAGAUGGUAUUGUUGGAGAACUAUAGUGAGCAUAACUACACAGGAAUCGUAAAGGUACUAAAGAAAUACGACAAAAGAACCGGGGCCCUCCUUCGUCUACCUUUCAUUCAAAAAGUCCUACAACAACCGUUCUUCACCACCGACUUGCUUUACAAGUUAGUAAAGGAGGUCGAGACUAUGCUCGACCAUCACUUCCCACUAACCGAACUACCACCUCCAUCUCAAGAAGCCGACAAUGAUACUUGCGGUGGAGAUGGUGAGGGACCCUCCACCAGUGCGGCCGACGACAGUGAUGCACAUGCACCGUUUAAAGCUAAAUAA